GGGGGAGAGAGAGAGGCAGAGAAAGAGAGAACGAUCCAGUUAACGGAACAGCUCUAAGAGGACAAGCAUCUCUAACAGACGCACGGCAGGCACACACUCACUCACUCUCUGUCUCUCGCACAUUCAAACAUACACACACACACACACACACACAAACACGCCGACACACUCCGUCUCCCACGCAAACGCUCUCGAGCAGCCACAGCCGGAGCGAGUCGAGGACGCCGCGGAGGAAGACGACCACUCAGACACCACAACAGCAGGUCACCUACACCUCUACAGAUGGGGCCUGGAUUGUUCUGGAACUUCCCGCCAAAGGCUAGCUGCACAGUUCCUCAGAGUCUGCUGCAGAACAUGUUGCUCUCCAGGAUGGCUGCGAUGAAGGAGCAGCAGUUUACUGAGGAGAAACCCCUGUUGCCCGAGCAACGAGGACAGGACACAGAGAUGCAGCAGCGGCCGCGGAGCAGUGCGGCAGGAGCGUUUUGUAUGAACGCGCUGCCCUGUGCGAUGCCCCCCACUUGCCCCCCCUGCGCCAGCCGACCCCGUCACCGCUGGCAUAGGAUGGCACAUCACUGGCUUCAAGUCACCCGGCAUCGGACCGGCGAGUGCCUCCCGGAGAACUGCGAGACCAUGACAGUGGUUGGUGACUGGCAGGAGCAUGAUGUGGAGACGCCUUAUGGGAUGCUGCAUGUGGUGAUCCGGGGGGCCCCCAAGGGAAACAAGCCAGCCAUCCUCACAUACCACGAUGUGGGGCUCAACCAUAAGCUGUGCUUCAACUCUUUCUUCCAGAAUGAGGACAUGCAAGAGAUCACUAAGCACUUUGUGGUGUGUCAUGUGGAUGCUCCAGGACAGCAGAUAGGAGCGUCCCAGUUCCCUCAAGGGUACCAGUAUCCCACCAUGGACCAGCUGGCUGGCAUGUUGCCCACUGUCCUGCAGCAUUUUGGAUUUAAGAGCAUUGUGGGAAUUGGAGUUGGAGCUGGUGCCUACGUUCUGGCCAAAUUGGCACUGAUUUUCCCAGACCUAGUGGAAGGCCUUGUCCUGCUCAACAUUGACCCGAAUGGGAAGGGCUGGAUUGACUGGGCAGCAACCAAGCUGUCUGGACUCACCAGUGCCCUGCCAGAGACAGUCCUGCCUCAUCUCUUUAGCCAGGAGGAGCUCAUGAACAACACUGAGCUGGUGCAGAACUACAGACAACAGAUCAAUACUGUCAAUCAGUUCAACCUGCAGCUCUUCUGGAACAUGUACAACAGCCGUCGGGACCUUGAAAUGAACCGCAUAGGGACAGUGCUGAAUGCCAAGACACUGAAGUGCCCAGUCAUGCUGGUUGUUGGGGACAAUGCUCCAGCUGAAGAGGGUGUGGUUGAGUGUAACUCCAAGCUGGACCCAACUAAGACCACCUUCCUGAAGAUGUCCGAUUCAGGUGGACUUCCACAGCUCACCCAGCCUGGAAAACUGACUGAGGCGUUCAAAUACUUCCUUCAGGGGAUGGGCUACAUUGCAUAUGUAAAGGAUCGCAGGUUGAGUGGAGGGUCAGUGCCCACGGCGAGUAUGACCCGGCUUGUUCGCUCUCGGACGGCGUCGCUGACCAGUGGCAGCUCCCUGGAAGGCUCUCGCUCGCGCGCCUGCACUCAGUCGGACAGCAGUGAGGGGGUGGCCCAGCUCAGCCACACCAUGGAGGUGUCCUGCUAAGCACACUCCAUGGGAGAGGGAGGAGGAGGAGGAGGAGGAGGAGGAGGAGGAGCAGGAGGGGGAGGAGAGAGAGAGAGGCAGGGGAAGAGGAGGAAGAGAGAGAGAUGGAGAGACAAAGGGGGAAGAGACAGAGGAAGGGAGAAAAGGGAGAGGGGGGUGUAUAGAGGCAGGAGGGUGGAGAGAUAGGAUGGAGAUGGGGAGAGGUGUGGGCUGUGCUGGCUACGUUGCUUGACCACUCUCUAUCUCUCAGAGUUGUUCUCUUCCUCUUCUCCUUCUCUGUUUUUAGCCUAGUUCCACCCAGCCACCCAUCCGUCCCUGUACAAAUAGAUGGAAACCUGUCCUUUCCCCCCUUCUUUCAACAAAAACAUUGAAAGCCAUUUUGCUAUGUCACCUGCUUUCUCUUUUUUUUUUUCUCUUUUGUCUGUGAGAUUGUGAGUAUUACUAUUUUCUGACCCCAACAAACACCUACUGCCAAACCACAAACACACACACACACUGCCAAACCACACACACACACACACACACACACACACACAAUUGCCAAACCACACACACACAUAUACUCUGCCAAACCACACACACACACACACACACACACACACACACUUGUCCCAUGAAGAGUGAUUCUAAGGGCUUUGAGGAGUGGUACUGAUUUUGAGCUCAUAACCCAAAGACCAAGAGGAUAAUAGAGAGUCGCCACAGAACCAAGAGCACACACACACACACACACACAUACACAUAAGAGCACACACACACACACAGCCACGUGCUGACCAGACACUCCACUGAAAGGCAUAAGGACCUGCCAGCUGACGCUAUGACCAUGUUCAGGGACCUGGACAUAGGGGUCAGAGGAAGUCACCUCUGGGUGGUCAGUUUCGCCAAGCAGAGACGCUUAACGUGACGUCCCGACAGACAUUCAGACAGAGAGGGACUUUUAGGAGAUGUGACCGUAGAAUCAGGUGAGCCACCCACUCGUCAGAACGGAGCAUGCACCUGUUCACCCAAUCCCAGACCAAGCUGCACCACAGCCCAGCAUAGACACCACCCAGCCCAGCCCAGCCCAUGUGCAGUCAGUGUGCACUUAGCAGCAGCCUGGCACAGCCCAGCCUAACCCAGCUACAAUUCAGCUAUAGCCCAGCUAUGGCUCAGCUCAAGCCAAAGCCUGUCCUCUCCUCCUAGAUCCUACACCAUGUUUAUACCAAAGCCACACACACACACAGACAUGCACAUAGACACACACAGUUAUUAACGCUCGCACACACACACACACACGCGCAUGCAUGCACACAUGCACAAACGCACACACACAACACACACACACAGAUAGGUCUACUAGUAUGAGACCACAUAUUGCGGACUGAGAAUCAGCCCUCUUGGGGUAACAGACAUGCAGACAUGUAGACACACACACACACACACACUACACAUUCUGGAGCUGAUUUGGCUAACAUUAGUCUGAUUCACUGUAUUGUUCAUACUGUGUUGAGCCUGGAGCUCCCGGUCCCCAAUCACACACAGACGCCGUAGAGCUGGCUAAGGGUCAACCGUGAAGAGGAGGAGAUGGCCCAGAUAGCUAACUAACCCUGGGGUGGGACCUGGCCCUGUCCUGUUGAGAUGGAGGUCCGCUUCGCCAUGUCUGUCUGUGAGCGGUGGGGCUAUCUGGAGCUAGCUGCUCCAAGCUCAGAAUGUAGGGUAAAGCCCUCUCUUAAACCCCCCUCCUCAUACAACGCGGUGCCCCGCGGCUCACAGACGCUCUCAGCGGCCCCUCUCCCGCUCAUCACCUGGCCGUCAAAACCCCCGUGAAGCUACGGCCGUCAGCUACGCGAAGCUCCGGCCCCUGCGCUGACCUUUCGUCACACGGCACCAGCCUCUACUCGGACAUGCGAUGACAUGCGGUGCCCAGAGUCCACAGACGUGGCCUUAAAACUCUCCUCAAGUGGUGCCCAGGCCCUUACCUCUCCUCUCUGCUACCCGAAGGCUGCUGCCGCCGCCGCUGCUGCUGCAUUCACAUAUGUGCUAGACACACACAGUCACAGAAAAUACCCCUGUAGUUGUAGCUCUGAGGUCUGGAGAACUGGCUGGUACUGUAAGUGUAUAAAAAAGCCGCAGAUUUACUCACUGACGGACAACAACAAUAGGAAGCAGUUGCCCACACCAUACACUACAUGCUUUAUAGCAGAGAGUGAGGUGAGGGAGAGAGAGAGGACAUAGACAGUGGACAGAAACCUGUGGAGGUGUGUGUGUGUGUAUGAGAGAGAGAGAGUGCAAGCAGUGAGAACGUAAGUUCAGGAAUAUGUCUUUAGAGAAGGAUAUUGGUAUUGUUAUUAACAUAAAAAUGCAGUGCUUGUUUAUUACAGGCUGACCACCUUAUUGCAAAGAACAUGGGACACACACACAAACACUCACACAAACUCUCUACCAUCUUCUCUCUUCCAUAUACAUAUAAAUAUAUCUAAUAUAUAUGAAGUGUAUUUGCCUCCUCCGCUCCUUGCCUCUGUUUGCAUGCUCUGUUAGUCAUGACGGUACAAGCCUGUGCUAUUGUCUUACCUCCGUGUGACGUAGAGAAUAUUUCGCCUGUGGCUCCUGAAUGUACUACCUUUGAAAGUGCUGUACAGUCCCAGCCCUUCCUCCGGCCUGGCCCACAGCUCCCUGCACUCUAGCUAGAAACUUUGUUGUUUUGUUUUCUUUUGCUUUUACUUUGGUGACCCAGACAGCGCUGCUGUCUUUCUCUGGCCCGGAUCCGGCUCUGAUGUGGCGCUGAGGCCUCGUCCGAGCCCAAGUUCCGGCCCCACGUGUUGUCAUUGCAAUGGAGCAUCAUUCCAUUCGAAAAACUGAGCUCUCCUCUUUUUAUAUUUUAAUUAGUAGCUCUUCUCCAGCCAUGUAGAGGUUUUUUUUGUUUUGUUUUUGUUUUUGAUGUUUUAUUGAUAUCCAUAAUAAUACUAUUAUCAUUACUACUGUUAGCAUAACUGAAUUUGUAAUGAGCAAUACGUUGUGUUAAUAGACAGACUGAUUUAGUUUGAGUCUUCCUGCCCAGAGAGGACCUGACCCUGGUGCUGAUCCUUGCCAGGUCAAGUGUCAAAGGUCAGGGGUCAGGGUCAGGGCCUGUCUGGGUGAGUCUUGAGGCCAGGAGCAGCGUCCUGUCUCUCCAUAGCAACAGUGUUAAUGAAAUAUGUACAGAACAUCUAUAAAGGAAAUUGUCACUCUGUGUUCCGAAUAUGAAUCAAAUAAAGAAUUCUAGAAAGAAAA